AUGUUACCCCGAAUUACCGAUCAACAUGUAGUGCCAGAAAAAAUUUCGAAAAUGAAGGUGAAAUGUGCGACUCAAAUUUUUUCACAGCGUGUGUCAUCCACUAUGAUGUUUUUGUCAUCUAAAAAUUUAAUUGAUCCAAGUGCUAAUGACACAGCAAAAAUAUGUUUGUUCUUCGAUAAGCUAUUCGAUUCCUUGAAUGGUAGUUUUGAUGGAGUAAUAGAUGGGAAAAUUUAUAGAACAUCAAUAAAAAAGAACUCUCCUCAUCAUGCACUUUGGGCGGAACGUCUUCAAGUUCUUUCCACAAUGAAAUUUGUUAAUAAAAAUGGAAAAACAUGUGUUGUACCAACCAUAGAGAAUUGGAUGAAAACAAUACGAGGUUUUCAAAAAUUGUUUAAAACAUUGUACAAUUAUGGCAUUCGGUCACUCUUACCACGACAUGUAAAUCAGGAUUCUGUAGAAUGUUUUUUUGGUGCAGCACGUAGUGUCAGCUCAAGUGAUCCAUCAUGCCACGCAUUUGCAUCAGCAUAUAAAACAUUAUUGUUGAACAAUUUAAUGUCAUUUAAUUCACCAGGCUCAAACUGUGAAGAUAUAGUUGAAGCAAGUCUAACAUCUUAUAGAAAUUUAAUUAUUAAAGACCCUAAUGACAUGAAUGUGGUACAAAAUAAUUGUAACAUAACUGUCGAUUUACCUGUAACCAUUUUUAACGUGCCAAUGGGUAUUAAUAUUUUACGGGAGAAUGUUCAUACCUAUAUAGCUGGAUACAUUUUAAAAAAAACUAAACAAAAACUUAUUUAA